AUUGAAGUAUUAGGCCUACUUCUCUAUCAACUAUUAGACGAGAAAUAUUAGUCUAAUUCUCUUUAAAAUCUACUCUCACGGCACAACAAAUUUCACAGUAAGUUGAAAAACUUGUUUCGCCUAAGUUUCUUAUAACUGUUCACUAUCAGCUAUUCUUAGAAUAGGUUUCAGGAAAAGAGCGAUAAUAAGAGUAUGCAGAGCACGUCUUUUCAACGACGAGGACCAGUUCGUCAAAUAAAAGGCGCCAAAAGAUCUUUGUACAAUGACUCUUUAUUAAUAUCAACCGGUGUUCCCGGUAUAGACUCAAUAAUAGGAGGCGGUUUACCACUGGGAACUAUUCUAUUAGUUGAAGAAGAUGAAACUACCUGCUAUGGUGAUGUAAUAGAAAGAUACUUUAUUGCUGAAGGGGUUGUUAACCAGCACCGUGUGAUAAUCGCUGAUACCAUAGAAAAACCUUCGGAGAUUUUAUCAAAGUUACCAUCAAUUAUUGAAACAAAUACCGAAGCUGAUGUAAAAGAAGACAAAAACUCAAAACCCGACCUAAAGAUUGCAUGGCGUUAUGAAAAUUCACAAAAGGGAGGAGGUAAAUUUGUUGACCGCCCUACCAGAUUUGGAAAUUAUUAUGAUUUGUCGGAAACUAUGGAUAUUACGGGAGAAUUAAAGCCAAAUUUAGAAGCAGUUGACUUUUCCGAUGUUAUAGACGAUGAUAAAGCAACCACUCUGAUCGAACGAUUAAUAAAACUCAUAGAAACUCCUUCAGAAAAUGCCUCAAGAGUACUUAUUAGACGCUUUGCGCGCCCUUUUUGGGGUAAUUUAUGUUCAAUUGACAUUUGCAAAUUUCUUUUGAAAUUAAGAAAUGCUAUCAGAGGAAAACCAACAUCAAUUCUACUAACAAUUCCUAUGCAUAUAUAUGAAGAUGACAGCAACUCUAUUCGAAACUUUGUCGAUUUUGCUUUAGAACUAAAUGCUGUUCGGAAGGACAAAAAAGUUGCUGGCCUUGCAGACUAUCAUGGUUGCUUAAGACUUCGAAAAUCCCGCUCACCGUAUUCUUUGCACACUCCCCAACCUGAUACGUCAGAUUGGGCAUUUAAACAGCGUCGAACUAAAUUUGUUGUUGAACGUAUGCAUCUACCUCCUGAUUUAGGAGAAAAUGCUUCUAGGGGAAAAGAAGAAUCCGAUAUGGUAUCCCAAAAGAAAAAAUUGGAAUUUUGA